AUGCCCAUGGUGGCCUCUCUCAUGGUGUGCCACCCUGCGCCCACACUGCUGCUUCGCCUGGCUCAGCAGAGAUGUCAGGCUCUGGAUCUGGACCAGGGUCCGACUACGAUGAGGGGGGAGUUGGUGGAGCCCUUCGAGGAGGAUGCCCAGUCUUCCCAAUUCCAGGACAUGGGGCAACGCGAGCACUAUCCCCUGGAUCGUUUCCCGCAUCUGACCCGGCGACGCAGACGGCUCCUGGGAACACCGUGGAUACGCAGAGUGCUGCGUCGGGGCUACGCUCUCCAGUUCUCCCGGCGGCCCCCUCCUUUCUGCGGCAUUCUCCAGACAAUGCUACGCAGCCCGAAGGACGCCGUGGCGCUUCACAGGGAGGUCAACGCGCUUCGAGUAUUGCCGGCAGCCCUAGUUCCUCCUUCGACAGACAUCGGUGGGGACCGGUCUGCAGGUGGAGGGUUGUGUGGAGAGGUGUUGGCGCUCUUGGGAGAGGCGGCCUGGACACCGCUGCAGUAG